AUGAGUUCCCGCGGCCAACCACUUUCUAACUCGAUAUCAACAACAUUUGACCAGGACUUUCCACUUACGAUGGAACCGAAAAUCGACAAGCUGACCUUUGGGAGCAACUAUGCGAUCCAAGGGAUCACCUUGAAGGAGACGAUAAAUUUUGUGAACAAGACUGAUUCGACCUACAAAUUGACCGUGACACCUGUAGAGUCUCCGAAGUACGAGUUGACGGUGAAUGAGAGUAAGUUUGUGAUCAAGAAAGGGGAGCCAUGUUCUGUAGUGAUUCAGUUAUUAUUCCAUCAUCAUGCUACAAUGGGUUUAACGGGCCAAGUUCAAUUUUCCAUUAAAAAGAAAGCUAUAAUGAGUGGGGAGAGUAUCACACGAGCACUUCGGUUCCAAUUAGAAGGAGUAGUUCCGGCUUAUAAUGAAAAGGAUUUAGUCAAAUCCUCUGAUGAAGAACAAUUUCGUGUUGGGAUGAUCAAUGGAGUUUUAUCGACAGUUAAGAAUGAGAGUGUUGUUGCGUUUAAAUAUAACAUUCAAGACAAAUAUGAGAAAGAAGACUACGAAUUCAUUCAACGAGUCUAUCGAGAUAUCCACCACCCAGCUAUUCUCGGAAUGGUAGGUAUCAUCUUGUCAUCUUCAACUAUUUUAUUGGACGGUGAUACUGUCAGCGACUUACAAACGUUAAUGGAAAAGGAAAAGAUAGCUGUCCCUUUCUUAUUAAAGUGCUGCAACGACUGCGCUAACGCUCUCUUGUAUCUCAGCUCCCAUAACAUCCUCCACAGAAAUGUAAAGCCAAGUAAACUCCGUGUCGUCCACCACGACAUUACUAACGAAGGAAAAUGUACAGUGAAGUUACACGACUUGACUACUAUAUUCAAGUUGAAGAAAGGAGAGUUGAUCAAAAAGAGCCCAGGAACCUAUCAAUACAUGGCUCCAGAAGUGAUGGAAAUGAAGGAACAUGGACUCCCUAUCGAUGUAUUCUCAUUCGGAAUGACUAUGUACCACAUGUUCACUAAUGAAAUCCCUUACAAAGACUUGUCGAAUGCUCAGAUCCAACAAAAAGUCUGUUCCGGUGGUCGUCCAGACUUGGAAACUCAUGUCUUCCCUAAUGGAAUAGCCGAUUUGAUCCAAAAGUGUUGGUCAACGGAACCAGAACAAAGACCAAAAUUCGACACUAUCGUAGCUAAGUUGAAUGAUAUUAUUAAGGACUAUUCCCAGUGA